AUGGCUUCCAGGCACCCCUUAUUCCCGCUGCUGGCCCUGGUCUUUGAAAAAUGUGAGUUGGCAACCUGCUCUCCCAGGGACACUUCUGGCUCUUAUCCGGGAGGAGAUGUCUGCUCGUCGGAUUCUUUCAAUGAAGACAUUGCUGUCUUUGCCAAACAGGUUAGGACAGAAAAACCUUUAUUUUCUUCCAAUCCUGAGCUGGAUAACUUGAUGAUUCAAGCUAUUCAAGUUCUGAGAUUCCACCUUCUGGAAUUAGAAAAGGUGCAUGACCUCUGUGACAAUUUCUGCCACCGCUACAUCACCUGCCUGAAGGGGAAAAUGCCGAUAGACUUGGUUAUCGAUGACAGAGAUGGGGGCUCCAAAUCCGACCUUGAAGAUUUUGGCGGAUCUUGCGCCAGCCUCUCUGAUCAGAACAACUCCUGGAUCCGGGACCAUGAUGAGACGGGAUCCACACACUCUGGAACGCCAGGGCCUUCCAGUGGUGGGAUUGCAUCCCAAAGUGGCGAUAACUCUAGUGAACAAGGGGACUGUCUAGAUAACAGUGUGGCCUCCCCCAGCACGGGAGAUGACGAUGACUUAGACCGAGACAAAAAGCGGAACAAGAAACGAGGGAUCUUCCCCAAAGUCGCCACAAACAUUAUGCGUGCGUGGCUAUUCCAACACUUGUCGCACCCGUAUCCCUCCGAGGAACAGAAGAAACAAUUAGCUCAGGAUACAGGACUGACGAUCUUACAAGUGAAUAACUGGUUUAUUAAUGCCAGGCGGCGCAUAGUUCAACCUAUGAUCGACCAAUCAAAUCGCACAGGUCAGGGGGCACCAUACAGCCCUGAUGGGCAGCCAAUGGGAGGCUACGUCAUGGAUGGGCAACAGCACAUGACGAUCCGCCCCCCAGGUCCAAUGGGGAUGGCGAUGGGGAUGGAAGGGCAGUGGCACUAUAUGUAAAGCCCUGAAUGUGCUGGACAACACGAGAUGGGGAAGUUUCCAGACUAGGCUAAGCGUGCUGGCCAAGACAAACCGUACCAGGUUUCACGGGCAGGAGACUCCCGGCGCAUCAGGGCCUGCCUGUGCCCGUGUCCCGACUUCCCAAAACGUGCCACAGACUGUUCUCCCUCUCCCUUCCAGCCACACUGAACGGCCACCAUCCGCACUGCCACGCCCGACCAGAGGAAGCGAAACCCACUCACUCCACCCCCACCCCUGGGAAAGGACCAAGCACGGGCGCCAUGCCUUCCGAUUCUUCUUUGCGUCCCUUCUCUCUCUCACUCCUUUUUGCCAAAAAGAAAAAAAAAGGACCAUCCCGACAACACGUAGCCAAAAUGUCAAUUCAAAAUCUCCAUUGAGUCGCAUCACGUCUGCCAAGAUUUAAGGCCCAGUCAAUGGAUCACAAUAAGCAAGCCGGACUUUGAUGGAAACGGAUCCCCCCUCCAGCAUUUAAAAAAGAGGGAGGGGCAGCGAGCAGCACCAUUCAUCUUUAAGCAAAGAUGUGGAGAGAAGGGGUAUUAACUUUUGGGGGGUUGGGGGGUUCUGUCCUGUCAUUUUCUUCCCCACACGCAGACCGCACGCAUGCCUGUCUGCUCCCCGCCACUUUUAAGGGAGGCCAAAGUUAGCUUCAGACGCAGUUGUCUCUUCACAGACUUCUUUUCCAAACGAGAGAAUGUUCCAAGCAGGGUUGUGGGGGCUUUGCUGUUGUUGUUUUUUUAACCCUCUUCCCCUCCCUCCCUCCCUUCUGGAUGUUUUAAUUAUUAAUUAAUUAUUGAUGUCAAUGCUCAGAACGGGGGAAGUAAAUUAAAAUGUACAUUUUGUUUUCAUUUUUUUCGGGGUUCUUGUUUUUAUGUGCUUUUUUGUUUUUUAAACGGAGAAAUAAUUCAAGAAAAAGGGGGGGAAACCCCAAAAUGAACUAA